CGCCGGUUGCCAUAGCGGCCGCGCCGCCGGCCAUGGCGGCCGAGGAGGAGGACGACGUGGAGUGGGUGGUGGACACCAUCGCCGGCUUCCUGCGGGGGCCCGCCUGGUCCAUCCCCAUCCUGGAGUUCAUGGAGCACAACUGCGAGGUUUUUGAUGAUGAAGAAGAAAGCAAGUUGUCUUACACAGAAAUUUAUCAGGAGUACCAAGCUCUGGUGGAGAGAUUACUAGAGGACUACCUUAAAGAAGUUGGAAUUAACGAGGAGAAAUUUCAAGAAGCUUUUUCUUCUCCUCUUGCAAAGACCCACACCUCGCAGGCCAUUCUGCAAACAGUGUUGGCAGCAGAAGAUUUUAGGCUAUUUAAAAAAAUGAUGGUACAGAAAAAUAUUGAAAUGCAACUGCAAGCAAUUCGAAUCAUCAAAGAAAGAAAUGGUGUAUUGCCUGAGUGUUUGACAGAGGGCUCUGAUGUAUUCACUGAAAUUGAACAGGAAGAAAUGAAAAUACUCAGAGAGGUUCUAAGAAAAUCUAAGGAAGAGUAUGAAAUGGAGCAAGAGAGAAAGAGGACUGAAGAAGCACGUGCUAAACUCAAAGCUCCAGAUGGUGGCCACAAUUCUCCAGGAGAGUCAAGAGAAGCUGCUAAAGUUAAGGAAUCCACUGAGGGAGCUGAGAAUUCUGAAGAAACUCCAAAAUGCCCAUUAGAGGGAUCUCAUAAAUCUACAAAAGAAGACCCCAAACCAGUUUGCCCAGUACAAAAAGGAGCUGAAAACUUACCCCAGCCCUCUUGUACCAAGGGGAAAGAAGACACUAAGAAAAAGUCUGCUGGGAAAGGUUCAGAGAACACAGUGCAAAAAGCUGAGGUGAAAGGACCUAAUUUAUCAGAAACUGAAAAGCAGCAGCUGAAGCAACGUGAAGAUUACCUAAAGAAAAAACGAGACCUGCUGCUGGCUACAAAGAAAGAAUCAAAAAACAAUGUACCACCAGCACCAAACACUGAGCAGAAAGAGGAGGAAUCUCCUCCCAAAGAGGAGAUGUCAGAAGAGAAGCAAAGGCUGCUGCAGAAGAGGAAGAUGCUUGCAGAAAAGCUAAAAGAAGAAGUCAUUAAUAAACGGUAGUUUUGAGGCUCAUUGCUGACCCCAGGAACAGAAGGAUGUUUUAGAAUAAUGCUCAGUAAGUGAAGGGAUUUCCGAUCUCGCACUGGGAUUUAGAGAACUUCCAGCCAAGCAGCUCAGUACCUGGUAACUCCCUAUUGCAAAUGCCACUGAACAUUCGUGUUCCAGAGUGCUGGGAAGUCCCUGAGUGCUCCACAGAGAGGCUGUGCCAGCCCUGCAGAGCACAGCCCUGCUCCAGCCCUGAGCCUGCAGGGCACAGGCAGCCACGGAGAGCUGGGAAAGGAAUCCCUGAGGCAACAGCUCCGAGCCCAACAUUGGAACUUCUUCACUGGAACAGUGCAGAACUCGGUUCCUUUCAUUAGCCCAUACAAACAAAUGGCUCUGUCCCAGCUCUGCAGUGCAAUAAAGUCUGGUUUCACAAGGAA